AUGGACUCGGAGGCGACAGACUUUUUCGCUGCAACGUUCAGCAUAGAGGAGGAGGACCAUACCCUGGCAAAUUCUCUCCGUUUUUUCCUUAACAAGAAUCCGCAUGUGUCAUUCUGCGGGUACAGCAUGCCCCACCCCUCAGAAGAGCUUGUCAACUUACGCGUGCAAACCACAGGGCAGAUUACCGCCAUGCAGGCCGUAAAGGCGGCCUGCGAGGACAUGCAGCAAGUGUGUGAUCACAUGCGCUCGACGCUUAGUAAAGCUGUGGCAGAAUUCCAGCAGCAGGAGCAAUCACGCGAGCAAAAACGUGGAUAA